CAUCCAUUGUCUCCCCACACCCCACCCCACCCCAUAACAUAAACAUCCACCAUUCACAUACAAACACACACACACACAUGGCAAAAUAUUACACUCAACUUGAAGAUCUAUCCACCUUCACUUCAUUCCAGAACAUCCCAUCCACUCUACACUCUCUAACAAACAUACCUUAUUACCACAACAACCAUCAUCGUCAUCAUCAUCAAAUACCUAUUCUGGAUUUUACUCAUCAAUCAUCUUCCAUAAGCUGCAACAACUCAAGUACUUCCGAUGAAGCCGAAGAGAACCACAUGAGCAUCAUCAACGAGCGGAAGCAAAGGAGGAUGAUAUCAAACCGCGAGUCAGCUCGGCGAUCCAGGAUGAGGAAACAAAAGCAGCUUGAUGAACUCUGCACACAGUUACUCAGGCUCAGGAACGAGCAUCAUGGGCUCAUCAACAAGCUUAACCACUUCUCGGAAAUCCAUGAACAGGUUGUUCAAGAAAAUGAUAGGCUCAAGAAAGAAACCACAGAGCUAAAACAGUUGCUUACUGAAGCACAAAUUGCUACCACUUGUAGUAAUUUCAGUGAUCAGAAAGUGAUGCUUCCUUCUAGCACCACUGAAUCUUCUACUUCCAGUAGAUCCUUUAAUCUGCUUAAUUAAACUGCCCAUCAAAAACACUUCUUUUAGUUAGCUAGUUAUUAUCUAUAUUUUGCGAGCAAUAAUGGGUCAGUUUGACUUUUCUAUUUAUUUGAUGGGUUGUUUAUUUGUUAAAACCCUUAUAUGUAUAACAUAUAUGAUCCAACUAAACCCUUAUAUGUAACAUAUAUGAUCCAACUAAAACAAAAUUCGAGCUAGAUUUAUGCUUAUUUAACAUAUUAAUAUUCUGGUC